GCUAAGGAGACUUACUCAUCCUCGCCUUCAAAGUCGCAGAAAUCAGGAUCUUAUCUUCGCCAGUCCGGGUUGCUGACGCCCUUUGCAUGGACCGCCGUUGAUUUGUCAAAUGCCGUGUCACACUUUCAGGAUUUUCAAGUUUCACCAAGGCGACGGCACACGAGUGCCUGCGAGCGACUCCAAUCUACAGAUCACAAAGGUAAUCAUACUUUUGAAAUUGAACGAACACUCUUGGAAGUUUUCAAGUUGAAGUCAGUGUCAGGUGCCUCAGUAGCAUCACAGAACCCCUGGGUACACGACGUGCCCCCUCAGCUGAGCCACGGGCACCCGCUGCGUCGAAUCAAGACCAUGACUGGGCAGGCCGAGCUUACCAUAUCAGGGCAAAUCGUGGCUCCAUGGGAGCUUGCGCGUCGCCUCAAGAACACCACGAUCUACUCUGCAGAGGGAGAUCAUCUAAGGACCGGUGAAUCAGAAAUUCUCAUGCAAGAAGUCCUGGAAUUUCCAACGCCUAGAAGAAUAUUUCCAUUCAACAGGCCCAGGUCGCCUGAAUACGUCGAUGAAAUCAAAGUGGUUUUGCCACCAAACCUCGACUCGAAUCACUACCUUCUGUUCACAUUCAUCAACGUCACGAUCUCUUCGCACGAAAUGACAGAAUCUGUGCUUGGUUACUCGUGGCUUCCAUUGUUGUCUGAUGGACGAAUAUGUGCAGGAGACGAUACACUUUACGUUACCCACAACUCUCCAACGCUUCAAAUGACGCAAACGAAACCGUCGGUAUCGGAAUUUCCCUCAGGGAAUCAAAAAGAAACAAUUAGAAUAUUUGAUCCAUCCAAAACCGCCUUUCGUGUACGUGUGGUUCCAGUAAGUAGUCUGUACCAGGGCGAUGCUCCGACACGCUCCAUUGUCGAAGUCUGCGCAUCUGCUAAUUUGGCGGAAACCAUCAAAUUAAUGGGAGAACGAGACAUUUUCUCGGAGCAGCCAGAGUUGAAUCCUCAAUCACCUACUCCACCACUUCUAGCGCACAUCGCACACACAGAAUUGAGUUAUCUUGUUCUGCAUUUUGGACCAAUUAUGGACGGACUUUUGCAAGCUUUGGGCACGUCUUUGCUGCAAGGCGGAGGAAUGUCAGCACAAAACUUGAUUAACUUGUUGUCGCUUUACGUGCAUCGGAUUUCCACGGGUCUCUCUGAUUGGAAUGAACGAGGUACUGGUCGCAAUCAUCUGAUGUGUGCGUAUUUAUCAGGGAUUGGAGGCCGUUCAACUGAGGAUGCUGUGCCUUACCUGCUCUCGGGAUUCCCAAUGUUUGGUCUUUCCUGGAUUGAUGAUGUUUAUGAAAAUAUUCCCACAUCAAAUGACCAACCACCAAAGAAAUUGCACGAGGAAUUGCUUCUAUGCCUGCUCUCUCAGGUUAUCACUAAAACUGUGUUUUACAAGCACUUCCAUGAGGAUACGUUCUGGUUCUUUCUGGAAUUACUGAUUCGAACCCUGCUCGUGGAAUGUAAAGGCGACGAAGACGCGGCGACACAGCGUUUUUUGGAAGACUUGGUGCAGUUUACACAGGAAGUGGCAAAGCAACUCUCCCAACACAUCCAGAGCAGUGCCAACGAAGAGGCAUUCGAAAAAGCCACUGGUAUUAAUCGUGCCUUAUCCUUCUUCAUACAAGACUUGUUCGGAUGUCUUAAUGCCUUCGAUGUCUACCGGUUAAUUGUAACGUAUUUGAGGGAGGUUGAUUCCGCGAUCGGUGAUUUACUAACACCCACUAAUGCAUCUGAUGGAUUAAUGACAAUGUCUCGAGCUAUGAAGGUUCACAAUCUUGAACUCCUGAAGCUAGGACUGCUUCAGGUUGCCAGCGCCACACCCUUGUACUCGGCCAUAAACGUACCCGAUCCGCUGUUGCUGCCUGCCAACGUACACCCAAUAAACCAAGCCCUUUACUUCGACCAACCCAGUCGUGAUACCGACAUUCUCAGGGACCCAACUUAUCAACGCCUGCAUUUCCUACCAGCAGUUCUACUCGGUGAAGCAAAAGCCUGUCUUCAGCACUCAGACCGCAUUUUGCAGGAGACCGCAUUGGGCGCUAUCUGGUGCCUAAUGAAGACACACGAGUCAGAAUCGCGUGUGACCGCUGGGGAGAAACAGGGCAUUCUGCGCGAUGUCAGCGCUGUGUAUAUUCCACUUCUUGACUUAGCUUGUGACCACGCACCCUCUCUUUACGCAUCCUGGAUCCACGCGAUGCAGAGGGAGGAAGAGGUCGGCUUAGACAUCGAAAAGCUUUCCUCUGCCUCGGAGAUGCAUCGCAGCAUAAGUGGUACACUCAAGCGACCCAGCCGAAUCUUGUCUUCUGUGAAUCCAAAAGAAAGGGUUAAGAAGAUUGUCCGUCGGUCGUCGUGCACGCCAGAUCGUGCAGCUUUAGGCACCAAGUACUCCCCGGGACCACCACGAGAUCGCUUACGCUCAUUGGCUGUGGCCAACAAAUGGGUCCUGUCAGUACUUCCACAAACUGACUCCUUCUUUAAACCAAGUGGUUCUGAGAGUGAGAAGACCGGUAAAUUUGACGACUCCAUCGUACAACUCCUGCUUCUGGAAGUGCUCUGGGUCCUUCAUCACGCUCUCGACGAGGUCCUUCAAAGGUGGCUUGUGCGCGGCGGAAUUCAGAAGACACAAAAUCUCGUUGUUCUGCUAAUCUUGUCUUUCCAUUACUUUGAAUUCACGAAAGACACAGUUCAUCAAGGAGAUGAGUACACAAUGAAAUCAGCAAGUGAUGCCCCUAACGAGUGCCCGUCAGACACUCGAGCGUUAGAGGAUGUCACAGUAACCGAAUUUACGCGGUCAGGCGAUGUCACUUGGCAAAAUAUCGACAAAACGGUAAAAAAGGACGGUGAGAAGGCAAAGCGUCUUUUCCUAAUGGUUACAUCGAUUGUUUGCAGAACUUUCAAGCUCAUUGUAAAUGCAUUUGAUCAGACGGCGCCGGUUGAUCAAAUGCAAGACUCCAAGACGGAGGAAGUCUACAGUAAACUCAUCGCUUCCAAUACCAUCAACAAUAUCUUCGCAGCAUAUAUCUUCGGCCUGAGCACUCACCAAUGCGUGAAAACUUUUCGACUUUUGUGUUAUGGUGUGUGUGAACUAAUCUCGAGGCAUUUUUAUCAACUAAAUUGCCAAAUGACCCUGGCGCUACACAUGCAUAUCUUUCCCAAUGAACCCUUCUUCGACCCCUCAUUCUCCUGGCUGUCCAAGCGUCUGGACGCCAUCGGUAGGUGCCUGUCUGACGUCUCAGAAUCCAAUCCAAAGCACCAAUGGACCAGCCUACUGCCUCCCUUACUUCACGAGGUUGAAGGGGCAUCAGAAUUUCCGACUCGACCACCUAAUGCGCCACCAGAUGCACGAACCGUACUCAUGAGAACUCUUCUUCCGGAGUUUUUCCGGGAAUUAAAGGAUUACGCCAACAAGGAAGCCGCUGAAGAAACCGUGGAAGUGACUGACUCCGAGCCAAGGCCAGUGUUAAACGGGUUUCGCGAAACCCUAAAGCAAAUAAAUUGCCGUGUGGCCGAGGCGAGUUUCAAGACGCAAAUUGAUGCUCUUGUCGACAUGUGGCAGGAUAUGUUUACAUGCAACCUUCGCCUACAUGACCAUCAAUGUCAACACACCGAUUCACAGACCUUGGAGAGAGAAGACCAGAUUUUCUUGGCUGACCUGAUCAUUCGACUAGCUUCUGUCUGUCGUAUUGUUCCCGAAUUGAGGCAGUAUUGGCUUCUGCGUCUUGCGAAGAUCCACUUAAUUUUUAAUCAGCCCGCCGAAGCCGCUCAGUCAAUUGUGCAUGCACUCGCUGUGGAUGUUGAACAGUUAGUGAGUAGGGAGUGCGACCAGACGUUCGCCUCGUCCAACGAAGGCGCGGACUCGCUUGCUCGACAGCUGAUGAACUCCAAUCUUCUAGAGGAGUCCUCCCUGGAAGUCGCCGUUUGCCUCCCCGCUUGCCUCCCUGCAUCCAGAUUUCUCUUUUCGACUGGCUCUCGCUCAAGUGACGAAUCCCGGCAGACGAAAGCCAUGGGCACCCCUGUGAAGAGGUUAUGCUGUAUCAUCGAGAAAGCCGUUGAAUGCUUCUACAGGGCUGAGCAAUACGAGCAGGUGCCGCCUUUGUGCCAGUGGCUGCUCCCGGUGUUUUAUUCCAGCGGCGAACUCGAAAGCCUUGCCCGACUGCAUGGAAUUAUCAGGGAUUCCUAUGCGUUUAUCAAUGACCUCGGAAAACCUCGCCGCCUCUUUAGCAGCUAUUUUCGUGUCGGAUUUUACGGAUCUGUGUUUGAAGAUCACAAUGGCAAAGAGUUCAUCUACAAGGAAGCACCACUAACCAAACUGGCGGAAAUAACAGCUAGAUUGAAGGAGUUCUACUCACAAAAGUUCUCAGGCAAAACAGUAGAGGUUAUUCAGGACUCCAAUCAGGUUUCCUCAGAAAACCUUACGGGCACAAAUGCCUAUCUACAGAUAACCUACGUGGAGCCUUACUUUAUGGACUUCGAGCUUCGGAAACGGAAGACAGAAUUUGCAAGGAGCAUGGGGAUCAGUGAGUGCUGCAUCUUCUUCUCCCCGAUUUCGCCGUACACAUACUGCGGCUUUGUCGGAGGCUUCACGCGUGUUUUGAUUUUGAGACAAUUUGGCUUUCUUUUAGAGCGUUUUGUAAUGGUGACGCCGUUCACUCAAACAGGCUCGGCCCAUGGCAGCAUCUCGGAGCAGUACAAGCGCAAAGUCAUAAUGACCACCGCCCGUUGUUUCCCCUACCUGAACACGCGUCUGCCGGUGGUAUCCAGGGAAGAGGUGAUUCUCUCGCCUAUCGAGGUCGCACUUGAGGAUGUUGCCAAGCGCAACGAGCAACUCGAGCAUGCCCUGCAAGGCGACCCGCCUGAUGCCAAGUUCCUUCAAAUGGUUCUCCAGGGAUGCAUCAGUGCAACAGUGAAUCAAGGACCAGUGGAGGUUGCUAGCGCUUUUCUGGCGAAACGGAAACUACCUCCAGAACAUACCGGUGAUUCUGACGAUGGACAAGAUGAAGAGGCAGACGUGAUCGAUGAAGAUCAAAAUGAACUUCGUCUGUGUUUGAAGGAAUUCCUGCACAAUCCUGGUGCCUUUUUGGCAAACCUAAUCCAUCGUCCGAAGACUGGGGUGUUAGCUUGUGCUGGCCCAGACAUCUCCGCGAACGAGACGUCAGUUCAGGGGGACAGUUCAUCUCUAGCGGUUUAUUUUUGUUUUACUAGAUCCCAGGAAGCAGUGCACUUGAAUCGAAAGCUCAUUGGACAAGAUCAAGAGGAGUACCAACGCGAACUUGAGCGCAAUUUCGGUCAAAUUAAGCUGCAAAUGGAACCAUUUUUAAAGCCACCCAAAUCACUCCGUGAUGCCCUCUUGUAA